ACCAGCAGACUGCAACAAACAAGAUGGACUUGUUUUCUGCCACAACAUGGACUCUACUGGCGCUCCUUAUCACGCUCCUUGUCAUCUAUGGCUACUGGAACUACAAUACUUUUAAAAAACUGGGCAUUCCUGGUCCAAAGCCAGUGUUCUUCUUUGGAAACAUGCUCAACUACAGGAAGGGUUUUAUUCACUUUGACAUGGAAUGCUCCAAGAAAUAUGGCAAAAUUUGGGGCAUUUUUGAUGGCCGAAGUCCUGUUCUAUGCACUAUGGAUACUGCCAUAAUCAAGACAGUGCUCAUCAAAGAGUGUUACUCGGUCUUCACCAACCGCAGAAACUUCCGUUUGAACGGUCCCCUGUAUGACGCCGUCAGCAUCGCUGAGGACGAAGACUGGAAGAGGAUACGAAGCAUCCUCUCGCCCUCCUUCACCUCUGGACGACUAAAAGAGAUGUUUGUGAUCAUGAAGCAUCACUCGGCAAACCUAGUGAGCAGCAUGAAGAAGGCAUCGGACCGCAAUCAAGCUCUGGACCUCAAAGAGUUCUUUGGCCCAUACAGCAUGGAUGUGAUUACCAGUACAGCCUUCAGCGUGGACAUUGACUCCAUCAACAACUCCGCCGACCCGUUUGUCACCAACAUCAAGAAAAUGCUUAAGUUUGACUUGUUCAACGUGCUUUUCCUCAUCAUAGUCUUCUUCCCCGCCCUUGGUCCGAUUUUCGAGAAGAUGGAGUUCUCUUUUUUUCCAGCUGCUGUCUUUGACUUCUUUUACUCCUCGCUGCAGAAGAUCAAAUCCAACCGCGAGAGCAGUGGGAAAGGGGAUCGAGUGGAUUUCCUGCAACUGAUGAUUGAUUCACAGAAGAAUGCCGAACAGGAUAAGAAAAAAGGUCUGAGCGACCACGAGAUCCUCUCCCAAGCGAUGAUUUUCAUCUUUGCUGGCUACGAGACCUCAAGCAGCUCUCUUAGCUUCCUGGCGCACAAUCUGGCCACUAAUCCUCACGUUAUGAAGAAAUUACAAGACGAGGUGGACACCACUUUCCCCAACAAGGCUCCUGUGCAGUACCAGGAGUUGAUGGAUAUGGAGUAUCUUGACAUGGUAAUCAACGAGUCCCUUCGUUUGUACCCCAUCGUGCAGCGCUUGGAGCGGGUGGCUAAGGCCAGUAUUGAGGUCAAUGGCGUGGUCAUUCCCAAAGGCAUGACUGUUGUGGUGCCCACCUGGCCGCUGCACCGCAAUGAUGACCUGUGGCCUGAACCUGAAAAAUUCAAACCAGAGAGGUUCAGUAAGGAAAACAAAGAUUCGAUUGACCCAUACGCAUAUUUGCCGUUUGGAGCGGGCCCUCGAAAUUGCAUUGGAAUGCGCUUCGCAAUGGUUAGCAUGAAGCUGGCCAUUGUAGAAAUCCUGCAGCGGUACAACUUCUGUGUGUGUGACGAGACAGAGAUAAACAUCGAAAUGGACGUGCAGGGCCUGUUGAUGCCCAAGCGACCCAUCAAACUGAAGCUGGAGCCUCGAAGCUGAAGAAGCAGGAAAUAAAAUAUAAUGAAUUACAAAAAAAUGAUCACUGCCCUUGUGCACUACAUUUAGAAUAAAGGACAUACUCACAGGCAGAAAUACAGUGGAAACUCCCAAAUGUGGAAAACUCAGUAACAGUUAUCAAAAAUAUCAUUUAAGGUGGUAAUUUUCAGCUGCAAAAUAAGUGAAAUUGUUUUAAUGGUUAAUUAUCAUAUUUACAUUUCUUUCAUUCGAGGAUAACCAUGAAGGUAUAAAGUAUUAUAGGAGGCACAAAAGCAAAAAUCAAUACUGUACAGUGAACGAAGAUUGAGUCUUUAAAAGUGACUGAGUCUGAGAAGAACGGAACUUUGUGUGCAGUGCAAUACUGUCGCCCAGUGGCUGGAAUGGAGAAGAGUAUUGUGCUCGAUGAACCAGUACAUAAGCAUAUUGUCUACCUUGCGCAGUAUAAUUACAGAGCAUUUUGUAUGAAAUAAAAAAAAUCAUUCAAUUUUGCGGUUUUCCACCAUAUAUACAUUCUAUAUACUUGUGUCGAUCGUCUAAGUUAUUUGUUUCACUAAUAAAUGUGAUUAAGAAGCUUAUAUGUACAUACCUGUCAACCCGAGGCCGUUGGCAAUCUUACAAAUAGUGACGUAUGCCCUUACAAAUUCGUGAGUAAUCUUAUAACGUUUUAUAUGGCGUGCAGUAUGAAACAAAAAUA